AUGGGCCCAGUUACACGACAGGAGUCUUUGAAACAGCGGUUGAUGCAUUCUUCACUUACGAAUUUAUUCAAGCUUAAUAGGAAGAGGCGGCGAGGAGAUUCAGACGAUGAUGAAGACUCUGAGGAAGGGUACAGGGAUAGGAUGGUUGUUGGUAAAGUUGCUGGCGGGGGGGCGGUAGCUAGAGGUGUUGUUGCUGAUGGCAGUGGUGGAACUUCUGGGCGCAGCAAUGGUAGUGUGAAUACUGGGAGCAGUAGUGGGAGCAGUCGAAAAAAACGUGGUGGUAGGCCCAGUUUAGGUUCUGAAGAGGAGCGGCCGCAGAGCAAGCGUCGGCACACAGAGCGCCUCGACCUGGAGCGGAAGUACGAUGAAGCGAUUCCUGAAGAGUUUCAUAAGUUUCGUCCACGUGGAUAUCCGUUUAAUGUGCCUCCUACAGACCGGCCGAUCCGUAUUUAUGCGGAUGGUGUGUUUGAUCUUUUCCACUUGGGCCACAUGAAGCAGCUUGAGCAGUGCAAGAAGUCGUUUAAGAGCGUGACUUUAAUAUGUGGAGUCCCAAGUGAUCGCACCACGCACAAGUUGAAAGGGUUGACGGUGCUCACUGACAAACAGCGAUGUGAAAGUCUACGGCAUUGUCGGUGGGUGGACGAGGUGGUUGAAGAUGCGCCCUGGUGUGUUACUCCUGAGUUUCUCGAGCAGCACAAGAUUGACUACGUGGCGCACGACGACAUUCCGUAUGUGAGUGCAGACAGUGAUGACAUUUACAAACCAAUAAAAGAAAUGGGCAAGUUUUUGACCACUCAGCGUACUGAAGGAAUAUCCACCAGUGAUAUCAUCACCAAGAUCAUCAAGGACUAUGACAAGUACUUAAUGCGGAACUUUGCGCGCGGUGCUACGAGACAGGAGUUGAACGUUUCCUGGUUAAAAAAGAACGAGCUAGAAUUUAAAAAGCAUAUUCAAGAUUUCAGAUCUUACUUCAAGAAGAACCAAGAGAAGUUGAAUGAUGCUUCUAAGGAUCUAUAUUUCGAAGUGAGGGAAAUGAUGCUAAAGAAGACGCUAGGUAAGAACCUAUACUCAAAAUUGGUCGCCUCAGGCCCACCACCAAAAAAGCACACGACUAUAAGAGGAGAGUCCCCAGCUACAGAGUUUGCUCACAUAUAUACUGGUGAAGUCCUGAAUAAACGUCUACCGGCGAGUACUCCUAGUGAAAGCGACGAUGACGCUUCGACUAGAGCAGGUUCAGUCCUGUCUCAUCUGAACAAAUGGCUAUCGCAUGACUCUACAGAAGAAAGCGAUUAA